GCCACCUGCUCUCCAGCUUUUAUGUGUGUGUGCUCACAGAGAGCUCGAACGCUCGUGUGAAAGAAUUCACGUACGAGAGAGGGAAAGAGACGAGGAGGGAGAGAGAGCAACACAGACAAUAUGCGCUAAAAAAACAGGGGGAGACAUAGAGAGAGAAAGAGGGGGGUGGGCUUAGAUACAACCAUCAUAGCAGCUCAUAUUCUCCCACCAGCUCACAAGAAGACCGACGCUCAGCCUCCACCUCUCUCUCCUCCUUCUUGUUUGGUCUCCAGUGAGGGGUCUCUCCCCCUGCUGUGUCGAUUGGUAGGCAGUUACAAACGUUACUAUUUUGAGAGACUCUGCGUGAGUGUGUGUGUGUGUGUGUGUGUGCGUUCCAUGCUCAGCGGCGACCGAUCGAAAAGAGGGGGAGAGAGGCAAAGGAAAGGCAGAGUGUGGUUCAGCUCGUUCCUCUGCACAUUAAGUGCUGUGCAACAAGAGUGAUGAGGGAGAACAGGGAGACUCGGACCCGCGGGUGACUCUGAGCCACGCUACCGAAUCCAGGUAGAAGGUAGACUGUGAGUCAGGAGUUCGUCUGCCAAGGAGCUCUGGAGAACAGACCCAGAAACAUUAUUUAUUUUUUUUUAUUUCAAGAGGGUCAAAGGGAAAAAGAAAGACAAAAGGACACUAAGGUGGAGGUGAGAAGAGAGGAAAGAUGGCGAGUUUUGGAAAACUCACAGACUACUUUAAUCGGCGUAAGUCUCAAGAGGAUCUGCGAGUGGGCAGGAGCUCACAACGCAGUGGGAGUUACUGCUGCACUGUGGCAGAGGCCAGGUCGCUGGAAAGGAAGCUGCAGAGACCUCUACUGGCUAAGUCCCGCACUCUUCCCAGCAUCCCCCAGUCUCCUACAGUCUCCAGGGUCCAUCAUUCUGAUCUCAUUGGUGGGAGUCCUCCUCGUAGGAAGAACCCGCCCGCUGCCACCAGCCACCUAAAGGCGUGCACGCUGCCACCUGCAGGGGAGUUGUGGCGUUUGGAGGAUGACAUGGAGGGUGAAGAAGAGCCAGGGCAUGGUGGGUGCUCCGAGGCCCGCCCUCGCUCCCAGUCGCCGUUUUCUCACUUCAGGGCGCGAGCUGCCUAUCUCCGCAAGAGCGUCUCCGCAGAUGACCACCUGGACAUGGGCUCGGACUACAGCCCUGGGACUGCAGUUGAGGGCAAACCAACCCGUAGCAAUAAGGGCAAGCUGAAGAGGAAGUUUAGCCUGGGUUCGGCUGACCGGAAGGAGAAUCAACAUAAAAAGUCAGAGUCGGGGAUCUCCAAAUUUACCCAUCGUCUGUCCCUCAAAGAGCGCGUGGCCAAAGCAGAAAAGACUUCCUCAGACAGACCUUUAUCCUACAGGAGACGAUCUCUCAGUGUGGACUGGGCUGACUCUGCCAAGAUGACGCAGCCCAUGAGGGGGGACCAGGCCCACCAGCCGGCCCCGGCCCGCAAGUCGGCCAGCCUGUCUUCGCCAAGCGCUGCUCGCCGCCUGUACCGCAACUUGUCUGGAAAGUUCCGUGUGGGCACAAACCCCCCUGCCCUGGAGGACAGUGUGGUGUCAGGACGGGGAGGAGACAAGGAAAGGCUGCGCAAAACCACCAUAUUUCAGAGUAAUGAGGCGUUGUUUGAGGCAGUGGAGCACCAGGAGUUGGACUUGGUGCAGCUGCUUCUGUCCCAGUACAGUCUUGAGGAGCUGGAUCUCAACACACCAAACAGCGAGGGCCUCCUACCCCUCGAUAUCGCUAUCAUGACCAACAACGUGCCCAUGGCCAAGCUGCUACUGCGUGCUGGUGCCAAGGAGAGCCCACACUUCGUGAGUCUGGAGGGCCGAGCGUUGCAUUUGGUCACCUUGGUGCAGGAGGCUGAGCAACGGGUGUCAGAGCUUCAGGCCCAGGUUGGAAGCGAGGGUCCUGGCGAGCGUGACGUAUCUGACCGGGAGAGGCAGCUAAAGGCCUGGGAGUGGAGGCUCCGGCUCUUCCAACGCAUGCAGACGGGAUUCGAGCAUGCGAACCCUCCAGACGCUCCCACUGUAGUUCGCCUGUCUGUCAGCAGCAGCACCAGUCUAAGGGUGGACUUCCAGGAACCUCUCUGUGUCAACUCUGCUGUGGUUACCAAGUACAAAGUGAGCUGGAGCACUGCUCCCUUAUUCGUUCCUUUGCUGGGUGAGAUGGUGGUGGAGGACACCACUUUGCUACAGUGCAACAUCACAGGACUCACUUCUGGGACCUAUUACUAUGUCCAGGUGUCUGCCUACAACAUGAAGGGCUGGGGACCUCCAGUAGUCUCCACCCCUGGCUGCGCUGCACCUUCCAGUUGGAGGGAUAUCGAUGGCCGUGCUCCACGUCAGAGAGGCCAGAAGGAGGCACUAGACCAGCUACUUGGACAGAUAAAAGAAGCUCACCGCCACUGUGUCUGCCAUGAACAGUGCAAAGCUCCGCCACAAGGGAGGAAGCACUCAGUAUCCAAAAGCCUGCGCCACCUCUUCCAAACCACCAGCAAAUUUGUUAAAAGCUUGAAAAGAGGUCUCUAUCUGACAUCCAUAUUCUACAGAGAUGAUAACGUGUUGGUAACUCCAGAGGACCAGAUUCCUAUUGUAGAGGUGGAAGAUUCCUAUUCCAGCUCCCUCAUGCAGGACUUCCUCUGGUUUACAAAGGUAUCUUAUCUAUGGGAGGAGAUUCCCUGGCUGCAGCAGUGUCUUAAUCCGUCCCAGUCGUCCUGCUCUUGUACUCUGCAGACACGCCUCAAGAUGCUGCAGGCCGUCUCCCAGCUUCAGGGUAUGCUGGGGACCCAGGACCUCGGUCAGGUGUAUUUUGAACCAAUCAAAGAUAAACACGGUAACGCCCUGCUGGUGCUUCUGAAGGACAUGAGUGCCUGUCCCAACCUGGAUGGGGUUCGCUGGACACAGCUUUGCAAACUCCAGCUCCAACGCAAGUCCAUCUCGUCCCCUGAAGAGCCCACUGCCUUGGACAUGCUUCUCAUCACGCUCCAUGAGAAGCUGGUGUAUCACAGGCGGAGCAGGAAGAUGUUGUCUCCUGGCCUAUACCUGGGCUACUUGAAGCUGUGCACAUCAGUGGAGCAGAUCAGAGCACUGGUGCCCCAGAAACUCCCCAAUGUCCUCUGUCACACCAAAAUUCGGGACAACAGCAACGUGUCCAGAGAGGAGUGGCAGUGGCUGCAGGCCCUCAGCUCACUGGAGGAGUCGUUGGAAAUGGACCAUGAAGUACAGAGUGCUCCACAUCGCCUCCUACAGGACCUGCGCAGCGCCCUCAAGGACCUGAUGGCACACAUAAAUGUCCCCGGCAAUCAGGCACAGGACUUCCGUAUCUACAGCCAGGAAGUGUUGGAGUUUGGGGAGAAAGUGUCCUUCCUGCUCCUCCUGCCUCCGUCAGAUGAAGUGUGCACUGCUCCUGGUCAGAAUAACCCAUACUCCCCACGCUCCGGCUUCCUCACCCUUCCUCUGCAGAUCUUUGAACUGGUCCACUUUAAUGCCUAUUGCCCCAGUUUCAUCGGCCAAUACUGCAGAGUAUCAGCUUUGCUGGAGCUGGAGUCCCUCAUGUCUCAGCAGGCACUGAGGGAAGCUUUCUCUGAGGCCGAGCUGCUCACUGCUAAGAAGAAACACCAGCAGGUCCAGGAACACAUCCAGCAAAUGGAGGAGGUGUGGCGUGAUGCAAGGUGGAUCAUGGACGCCUUGCAGUACGCCCGUUACAAGCAGCCAACAGGAGGCAUCUCCGUAACCUGGAUAAUUGACUUCUCCAAGGAAGUGCUGCCAGAAAAGCCUCCCUCCACCUCCUCUCAGCCAGACUUCAUGCCCUCCCCGAUGCCUUCACCUGAACCCUGCCGCAAGCACUCAGAUUUUGCUGGACUGUCAGACGAGGAGGGCUCCUCCGAGGUCUUCCUCACCACCGACAGUGACUACGACUCCAGCCGUGCCCAGAGUCCCCGUGAGCUGGACCUGCUGCCCCCUUCGCCCCUCUCGUGCUCUGCGCCGCUGGAGCCCCGCAGUUUCCUGCGUAGUGACGGGAGCAGCUCGGGAGGAGGGAUGUGCGGGGGUGGACGCGGAGGGGGAGCGCUGAGGGAUUCCACGCCAGAUGUCCUUCAGGCCUCGGAGCCACAACACGGGAGGGAAGGUGAGCGGUGCGGCGGAGGGGGUGGAGUCCGAUGCAGCGGGGAAAGGCGAAGAGGGGCCCCGGAGCUGUUUGACAGUGACUUCAUCCUGCCCAGCAGGCAGAUCGAGCUUUUGCACAUCACAGAGAAGAGACAGGCCUUCUGUGUGAGAACAAGCAGCCUAGAGUUCCCUUCCACCACCUCAGCCCACCACCAGCCUUACUGUUACCACACCACUUGCACCUCGCCCUCCACCUCGCCACAGCGAAGAUGGCACAGGCCCUCGUCGGUGGACCGCUGUUGCUCUGCCGAGCGCUGCCUACCGCAGCUUCCACCAGCACGUACGUUAUCGGAGGACAGCGGCACACAGAGACUCUCCUCACCAUCACGUGCUGCCUUCAGGAAGGGCUGUCAUGCCACGCUCAGAGUGUACCCACAAUACCACACAGGCCUGCCAAAGGAAAUCAGUGUUAAGCUUUGUGUAACCCCAGGAACAUCAGCGCAGGAGAUGAUCCAGCUGGUGGUGCAGGAGAUGAACGUCGUAUCCCGGCGUAUGCUCGGUAGCGGCGGAGGCGGCAGUGAACAGGAGCAGUGUGUGUACUACAGUCCUGAACAGUUGAAGCACUUUGGCCUCGUGCUGGUUGUGGACAAUAGAGAAAAGUGGCUUCAGGAUGAUUUCUGUCCCCUGGAGCUCCAGAACCCGUGGCUGAGGGGUAAACUGUGUGUUCGCAUUAAGGAGUAUUCACCGUUAGCACUCAAACACAGCCGAGCCACCACAGUGUGAUACUUCCAGGAGAGAUGAUGAAAUAAAAAGAGCAUUUUAAAGAAAGGAACUGUCACAUUUGUACAAACUUUACACUGUUUUCUCUUUCACUGUGGUGUUACUGUCCACAACUGCAACUAUAACAUAUUGGCAUAUUUUCUGCUGUGUUCUUGUUAUCUGAAAGGCUUCUGUUUCCAUGAAAUGCGUUCUCCCGUACGCGGGACCUUUUUUAUGAACAUCAGAGAACCUCAUAUGGACACCAAAUGAACAAUAACAAAAUGGAACAAAGAGAACAGAGUUUCAUGUGCUGUCAGAAAUCAUUGGGAGAAAGAUUGUGAUACAGAGCAAGAUUAAUAGAGCGUCACUUUGACUUCUGGCAUGAUUGACGUCGGCACAUCGGGCCGUGCACGUUGCCAAAACGACAUGGGCAGCAUCAUCUCCUCCCCCAGCCACACGCGGACACGGCUUUUCCUAUGAACUCUCUCAUUGUGUCAUUCCCAAAGAGCUGUCGGCUGCAGCCGCCCGGCACCAUGUUCCCAGGAUGUGGGCUCUGGACCCGGCCCAGAAGGCAGGAAGGAAGGGAGAAGUACAGAGGGGGGCUGGCGUCUCCGCUUGGGGACGCAAUCGGCCCGACGAUUUGGCCCGUCAGCCUGUCACUCAACUGCUCUUGGCCACUGUACUGUCUGGUAGCGAAGCAGCCAAGCAAAGGAGAGAGAGCUUGAUGGAGAGUGAGAGAGAGGAGAAGGAGGAGGGUGGAGGCUGCAUCCUUCAGAACUUGGCACUGGCUCUGGUGCACUUUUUCUCCUUUUUUGCAGCAACGAUUCCUCUGUAUAGCAGACUCAGUCGUAGUGUAGCUAACGAAUACGAUCAUCUCAUUUUGUGAAGUAACACAAAAUUUGAAAAAAACAAAACAAAAAAAAAACAGAAAUUUGGAUUUUCACAACAGAGAAAAAACAAGCAAUACUUGACUCUUUUUUCUUUUUCUAAUAGACGGAAAAAAGCAUGUAAACCUUCCAGAAUUGUGCUGAGUACAUCUAAAGUACUGUUGUGCUAAAAGUGAACCAGUUCAGUGUUUUGUUGUGUUUGCUUCAGUGGUAUUCCCAGAUGCAUCAGAAAGUGGUGCCCUUCAGUCUAGAGCAGGGUCUCCCAGAGGGAUUGUAGCGUGAAAGGGAUGACUGAAAUUGUUAAGAGGCUUCAUAUUUGUUAACAAAGUAACAACGUGUAGUCCAGACUGUUUCCUAAACUGUUUCAAAAUCAUUUUUAUAUGAGAGGACUCUCAACAAACUACUAUGACCUGCAAACAGAGGCUGAAGGAGAAUACUGAAGGCGUCAGUGGGUGAGUUUUCAGUCGCUUAGGUACCUUAUAGUAGAAACUAAACAGUGAACUAUCCUUGGAAAAUAAGUAAAAGACUCUACUACAAAGGAAGCAACCCAGUAGAACUUAUUAAUCAGCUCUGUUUAGAUUGUAACAAUCAAAACAAUCGACAAUCUUGUGGCGAGUCAACCUCCCUCCAAAAUGUGACGUUAUAUCUAUUAUGUAACCAUUUCUUACCUUGAAAAUUUACACACAUUAAGAUGUAGCUUCAGGGGCGCCCCGGUGGCUGACCUGAAGUCCUUACCUCAGCGACCCAGGUCCAAUUCCAGCCUGGGUCCUUUUGCUGCAUGUCUCUUUCUCUCUCCACUGAAUUCCCUGUCCAUCCCUCUAUCUGUUGCUAUAUAAUAAAAGCAGAAAACAGCAAAAAAAUAUACCAAAAAAAAAUUAAAUAAAAUUAUGCAGCUUUAAUGCCCUUCCAGCAAAAUCAAAACACCAAAAGAAAGCUGAAUAAAUAGCCGUACUAGAGUGGGAUUUAAUUUGAUUUUGAAGGAAUUAUAACUUCUACUUAAUAAGAAUUAAAAAAAACAAACAUCUGUGGUCCCCUUAUCAAAACAUGAAUUAACUCAACACGCAUCACAUCAAGCACACAAUCAGUGUGGUCUUUUUUCUUUUUAUUGGUCACGUGAGCCACGGCUUGCAAGUCAUAGCAAUGAGUCGAGAGUCUUUAAUAUGUCGAUUACCUCAAUUACCAAAACACUGAUGCAGGUAUUGUACUUUUGGGAUGAACCACAUUAAUAAAUAAGGCCUCUUAAAAAAUCAAACAUCCUUUUUAGCUAUGUUUUGGGAACCUGUGCCAAGUUUUGGUUUCUCUGUACACGGUAUACAGUCUAUGAAACCUCACAACAACACAUUUGAAAACAGAACAGUCUGUGCAUUGUUUACAUCAAACUCCACCUCUCACAAAAACUGCAGGCUGUUGCGUUUUAUUUAUUUUUUUAUACGAACUGUUUUUCAGCAUACAAA